AAUUAGAAUCUUUCCCGACAAAGAAAUAGCUAAGCACGACCUUUUUCUUCCUUGAAGUCGCCGGCGAGACAAAAAAAAAAAAACAUAAUCCCGACGGUUACACGUACCGGAGAAUUGUAUUUAAAUUGAAUCCGCUUUGUAUUUUCCUCACAGCCAAAGAUUUUUCCUUACUAGGAUUUUCAUUUUCUCUUCUGUUUUCGUUUCAAAUUCAGAAAAUCUUCCGUUUCAAUCCGGUUUAUAUCGGUUUUUAGCAAUGUCGAUGGUAACUGUCAAAGUUAGCAACGUUUCUCUUGAAGCAACAGAAAGAGAUCUCAAGGAGUUCUUCUCUUUUUCCGGCGAUAUUGCUUACCUCGAGACUCAAAGCGAGAAUGAUGGUUCUAAAUUAGCAUAUGUCACAUUCAAGGAUUUACAAGGAGCUGAAACCGCAGUUCUCCUCACCGGAUCGACGAUUGUUGAUUCAUCGGUCACAGUUACAAUGUCACCAGAUUACCAACUACCUCCUGAUGCUUUAGCUUCCAUUGAAUCAUUGAAAGAGAGCAAUAAAUCAUCAUCUCCUACGCGAGAAGAUGUAUCGGUAUUUAGAAAAGCUGAAGAUGUUGUAAGUGGUAUGAUUUCAAAAGGGUUUGUUUUAGGUAAAGACGCUAUAGCUAAAGCGAAGAGUCUUGAUGAGAAGCAUCAGUUGACAUCAACAGCUUCAGCUAGAGUUACAUCUUUCGACAAAAGAAUCGGAUUCACGGAGAAAAUCAACACCGGGACUACAGUUGUGAGCGAAAAAGUUAAAGAAGUUGAUCAGAAGUUUCAAGUCACAGAGAAAACAAAAUCAGCAAUAGCUGCUGCUGAGCAGACAGUGAGCAAUGCUGGUUCUGCUAUAAUGAAAAACCGGUAUGUUUUAACCGGUGCCACGUGGGUUACGGGUGCGUUUAACAGAGUGAGUAAAGCUGCUGAAGAAGUUGGACAAAAGGCGAAAGAGAAAGUUGGUUUGGCUGAGGAAGAAGAAGAAGAGAAGAAGAAAGUGGUUGAUGAAGUUGCUAUAGUUCAUCUGACUGAAUCACCAAAGGCUUUAGACCAAUCAGAACAAGAUUCAAAACUCCCUGAAUCAAAAUCACAGCCACACAAGGAGCUUAACGCAAGUGUUGUUUGAGCUCAACCUUGAGAUACGUAUAAGGAACUUUCUCCAAACGUUUUUUGGAACAAUGAAGCUGACUCUUUAGGACAGGGCUUAUAUGUUCCAAAUACAUUGUAUUGAAAAUCUUCUUUUGUUGUUGUUGUUAUUUAUGUCUUCUUUCUUCUUGUUGUUUCUCCCUUACACAAAUUUGGAAGAAUGUUUAAACUGAAUCUCUAUUUUUGAACAUUUCCUCUUCUUUGGAUAAUAUUUCAGUUUUGAUGACAAAUAUUUUG